AGAGAGAUGACAAGAGAUCAGGGGAACUGAACAUCUGCAACCAUGACGACCCACGUCACGCUCGAGGAUGCCUUGUCCAACGUGGACUUGCUGGAGGAGCUGCCCCUGCCAGACCAGCAGCCAUGCAUUGAACCUCCUCCCUCCUCCAUCAUGUACCAGAAUGAGAUGCUGGAAGAGGGCCACGAGUACGCCGUGAUGCUCUACACGUGGAGGAGCUGCUCACGAGCCAUCCCUCAGGUGAAAUGUAACGAACAGCCAAACCGAGUGGAGAUUUAUGAGAAAACAGUGGAAGUUCUGGAGCCAGAAGUCACCAAACUUAUGAAGUUCAUGUAUUUUCAGCGCAAGGCCAUCGAGCGGUUCUGCAGCGAGGUGAAGCGCCUGUGCCACGCUGAGAGGAGGAAGGACUUUGUGUCUGAGGCCUAUCUCCUCACUCUGGGCAAGUUCAUCAACAUGUUUGCUGUCCUGGAUGAGCUAAAGAACAUGAAGUGCAGCGUCAAAAAUGAUCAUUCUGCCUACAAAAGAGCUGCCCAGUUCCUGAGGAAGAUGGCAGACCCCCAGUCCAUCCAGGAGUCCCAGAACCUCUCCAUGUUCCUGGCAAACCACAACCGCAUCACUCAGUGUCUGCACCAACAACUAGAGGUUAUCCCUGGCUAUGAGGAGUUGCUGGCUGAUAUUGUCAACAUCUGUGUGGAUUACUAUGAAAACAAGAUGUAUCUAACCCCCAGUGAGAAGCACAUGCUCUUAAAGGUGAUGGGGUUUGGCCUGUAUCUCAUGGAUGGGAAUGUCAGCAACAUUUACAAGUUGGAUGCCAAGAAGAGAAUCAACCUUAGCAAAAUAGACAAAUUCUUCAAGCAGCUGCAGGUGGUUCCUUUAUUCGGCGAUAUGCAGAUAGAACUGGCCAGAUACAUUAAGACCAGUGCUCACUAUGAGGAGAACAAAUCCAAGUGGACGUGCACUCAGAGCAGCAUCAGCCCCCAGUACAACAUCUGUGAGCAGAUGGUGCAGAUCCGGGACGACCACAUCCGCUUCAUCUCGGAGCUCGCGCGCUACAGCAACAGCGAGGUUGUCACUGGCUCAGGCCUGGACAGCCAGAAGUCAGAUGAGGAGUACAGGGAGCUCUUUGACCUGGCUUUACGGGGGCUGCAGCUGCUGUCCAAGUGGAGUGCCCACGUCAUGGAAGUGUACUCUUGGAAGCUGGUUCAUCCCACAGAUAAAUUCUGUAACAAGGAUUGCCCAGGAACAGCUGAAGAGUAUGAGAGAGCCACCCGCUACAACUACACCAGCGAGGAGAAGUUUGCCUUUGUGGAAGUGAUUGCCAUGAUCAAAGGCCUGCAAGUGCUGAUGGGGCGGAUGGAGAGUGUCUUCAACCAGGCCAUCCGCAACACCAUCUACGCGGCCCUGCAGGACUUUGCCCAGGUCACCCUGAGGGAGCCUCUCCGACAGGCUGUCAGGAAGAAGAAGAAUGUUCUGAUCAGUGUCCUGCAGGCGAUUCGGAAGACAAUCUGUGACUGGGAGGGAGGUCGAGAGCCUCCAAAUGAUCCUUGCCUGAGAGGGGAGAAGGAUCCCAAGGGUGGAUUUGAUAUUAAAGUCCCACGACGAGCUGUAGGACCAUCAAGCACACAGCUUUACAUGGUGCGGACCAUGCUGGAGUCCCUCAUAGCAGACAAGAGUGGCUCCAAGAAGACUCUGAGGAGCAGCUUGGAUGGGCCAAUAGUCUUGGCCAUUGAGGAGUUCCACAAGCAGUCCUUCUUCUUCACCCACCUUCUCAACAUCAGUGAAGCUCUGCAGCAGUGCUGUGACCUGUCCCAGCUCUGGUUCCGGGAGUUCUUCUUGGAGCUGACCAUGGGCCGCCGCAUCCAGUUCCCCAUCGAGAUGUCCAUGCCCUGGAUCCUCACAGACCAUAUCUUGGAAACCAAAGAACCCUCCAUGAUGGAGUAUGUGCUGUACCCCCUGGACCUCUACAAUGACAGUGCAUACUAUGCUUUGACCAAGUUCAAAAAGCAGUUCUUGUACGAUGAAAUUGAAGCUGAAGUGAAUUUGUGCUUUGAUCAAUUUGUGUACAAGCUGGCAGAUCAGAUCUUUGCCUAUUACAAAGCAAUGGCUGGCAGUGUUUUACUGGACAAACGUUUCCGGGCUGAAUGCAAGAAUUACGGGGUGAUCAUUCCAUACCCACCGUCCAACCGCUACGAAACGCUGCUCAAGCAGAGGCACGUCCAGUUGCUGGGCAGAUCGAUCGACCUGAACAGGCUCAUUACCCAGCGCAUCUCUGCAGCCAUGUACAAAUCGUUAGACCAGGCCAUCAGCCGCUUCGAGAGCGAGGACCUGACAUCCAUUGUGGAGCUGGAGUGGCUGUUGGAAAUCAAUCGCCUGACUCACAGGCUGCUGUGCAAGCACAUGACUCUGGACAGCUUCGAUGCCAUGUUCCGCGAGGCCAACCACAACGUGUCCGCGCCUUAUGGGCGCAUCACCCUCCACGUCUUCUGGGAGCUCAACUUCGACUUCCUGCCCAACUACUGCUACAAUGGAUCCACCAACAGGUUUGUGAGGACAGCGAUCCCCUUCACACAGGAGCCCCAGCGGGACAAGCCUGCCAACGUCCAGCCCUAUUACCUCUACGGGUCCAAGCCUCUCAACAUCGCCUACAGCCACAUCUACAGCUCCUACCGCAACUUUGUGGGGCCGCCUCAUUUCAAGACCAUCUGUCGGCUCCUGGGCUACCAAGGCAUUGCUGUGGUCAUGGAAGAGCUGCUGAAGAUCGUCAAGAGCCUGCUCCAAGGCACCAUCCUGCAGUAUGUGAAGACUCUGAUUGAAGUAAUGCCCAAGAUCUGCCGCUUGCCAAGACAUGAAUAUGGCUCUCCAGGAAUCCUGGAGUUUUUCCACCACCAGCUGAAGGACAUCAUUGAGUAUGCAGAGCUGAAGACUGACGUGUUCCAGAGCCUCAGAGAAGUGGGCAAUGCCAUUCUCUUCUGCCUCCUUAUCGAGCAGGCUUUGUCCCAGGAAGAAGUUUGUGAUUUGCUGCAUGCUGCUCCUUUCCAAAAUAUUUUGCCCAGGGUCUACAUCAAAGAAGGAGAACGCUUGGAGGUGCGCAUGAAGCGUCUCGAAGCCAAGUAUGCCCCACUUCACCUGGUUCCCCUAAUAGAGAGGCUGGGCACUCCGCAGCAAAUAGCCAUCGCCCGGGAGGGGGACCUGCUGACCAAGGAGCGGCUGUGCUGCGGGCUCUCCAUGUUCGAGGUGAUCCUGACGCGCAUCCGGAGCUACCUGCAGGACCCCAUCUGGCGCGGGCCGCCCCCCACCAACGGGGUCAUGCACGUGGACGAGUGCGUGGAGUUCCACCGGCUCUGGAGCGCCAUGCAGUUCGUGUACUGCAUCCCCGUGGGCACCAACGAGUUCACGGCAGAGCAGUGCUUUGGAGAUGGUCUGAACUGGGCAGGUUGCUCUAUCAUCGUUCUCCUUGGACAACAACGGCGCUUUGACCUCUUUGACUUCUGUUACCACCUGCUGAAGGUGCAGAGGCAGGAUGGGAAGGAUGAAAUCAUAAAAAACGUGCCCUUGAAGAAGAUGGCCGACAGGAUCAGGAAGUACCAGAUCCUCAACAACGAGAUCUUUGCCAUCCUGAACAAGUACAUGAAGUCAGUGGAAACAGACAGUUCCACGGUGGAGCACGUGCGCUGCUUCCAGCCCCCCAUCCACCAGUCGCUGGCCACCACCUGCUAGUGUGGACACGGACCCUGCGUGGCUUGGGAAGGGAGCAGGGACUGAACCCAAAGCAGCUGGGAGGGGUAAUCUUGAUGGUGUGAGGCCUGACAAGGGAGUGAGGCUGGGUCUGCCUCUCCACACGAGGACACAUCUUCCCCUCGGCCCCGUUUGAGUGCAUGUUCCUCUGUCCCAUCCCUGUGAUCGGUUUUUCUCGUAGCUUUCGGACUUGAGGGGGGGUGGGGGUGGGCGGGCAAAAUGUGCUUUUCUUCCAUGAAGUGGUCCGGUUUUCCCUGUGAUUCACACAGUCCACACGUCGCUCUGAAGCCAUACUGCAGCCUCAGGUGGGAGAUCUCCGCGCUCCCACGGCGCCGGGAACCCGCUCCCACUGCAGCAGCAGCGGGAGGAAUCAACGCCCCCGUGACAUGUGCCACCAGCCACGGAGCAGGAGGGGCUGAAGGCAAGUCCCUGACCCGCUCUUUGAGGGGAAGAAGGGAUGAAGGCAGGGUGUUAGCCAUGGCAGUGCCCUGAGGAUCGAGGACUGGGUGCAGAGGAGCCCUGCCAGGCCGGUUGUGGAUGGAUGCCUGCCCCGGGCUGGGGUCUCUCUGUGCUCUCUCUUCGUGCUCUCUGCUGUGUCCUUGGCCUUUCCAGCAGUUGUAGGGGGAGCUUUGGCAUGUGGGCUUGAGAACAGCAAUGAUGCAGUCACCAGAUAACUCCUCAACACUUCAGAGAGCUGGGGAAAGAGAAAACAGCCUGGCUUUUUCCAUACUGUGGGACAUCCACUUAUUUUUACAGAGGUUCUCCCCUGAAGACACAUCUUCCAUGGACUAAACCAGAUCUCCUGUGGACUACAGAAGAGGCUGCAUUCAUUUGAAUGUGCUCUCAAACAUAUUAAUUUGGGUGGAAAUAAUGACUGGUGCUGACAGGAUGCAGGUGUAGUUACCUUGAACAUAGGGGAUCUUUGUUCUUCAGCCAAGGGUGAGAGCCAGGGUGUGUAAUCUGUGUGUGUUCUGGGAUGCUAUUUUCCCUUGGUUUAGACGAAUUCCUAGUGGCACAGUAAACAAAUACCUUUCUCCAGAGAAUGGUGACUACCAGCAGGGCUUAGGAAACUUACCAUCACUCAGAAAUCAUGUGAUUGUUUAGAAAAGAUAAAAUAUAGGAUAAGCUUUAAAAAAUACCCAGAAUUUUAAAAAUACCCAGUUCAGAGUUGUUCAGAGAGAACACUGGAGUCUGUUUCCUUUUCCCAGUCAGCUAAUGUAAGAUUCCUGGAUAUUGAGAACAAAUUCAGGUGGAACUUCAAGGAGGAUUUCAUAACUCCUGGUCUAACCUGCUUCCCCUCAGUAGUGUCAUUGUAGUGAUACAACAGCUUGUGCUUGAUGUGAAAGGAGAUCAAACCAUAUGCUCCAAGAGAAAAUGAUGCCAGCCUCACCACUGGCAGUGUUUCCUCAGCUUUAGCCUGGCCACAGCAAAAAUUGCUGUAUCCAGAUGUGAUAAUACGUAUUUCUUCCAUGCAUUUCAUCAUGCUUGUAAACUGCAUGCUGUUACAGAUGUUUAAAAGGCAGAGCCUGGGCAUUUAUUCUCUCAGAGGGAACAUAUAAUUAAUUGGUAGAAAUAUCCCAGCUGGAGUUUUUGUCUUAGGAAACAGCAGCCAGCAAGCUACUGCUGGCAAGAGGAGAUCUUGGUGUGUGGUAUGAAUUUGUGCUCCCAGACUCUCAUCCUUGAUAAUCAAUAAAUAACCCACGUGUGACAAGUGCUGGACAUUUUCACACCUUGAGUUUCCUUUAAUUACUGAGACAGACAUUUACAGCUGCAGGGAGGAAAUUGUGCAGCACAGUAAUCUGAAAGUAAAAUGAAAUCUCAGGAAGUCUGGCUGAAAUCUUGGAGUGACAGGGAAGGAAGGACCCAGCCCAGCAAGGCGAGUUCUUUCCUCCGUGUCGUGAGCAAGAGCAGCAGAAGAGCAUCUGGGACUUGCUCCCUACUCACUCCACUAAGAAUGUCAGUUCUUCACAUGUUCACAUGUUCCAUCAUGUUCCAGCACUUCUGCACUACUGGAGUGAGGGUAUCUAGAGAUAGAUAUAUAUAUUUUUAAAAGGAAGAGAAAAAUCAAGCACUUUAUUUUUUAUGGAAAACAAGAUGCGAGGAAGAUAGAUCUUAUCAAGAUCCUGUUUCUCCUGAUCUAAAUAGUAAGUGCUUGUUAUUUUGGUAUGGAAGUCUUGCUGAAAAGCUGGCACAAGUCCCUCUUUGGCUUUCAGAGCCACCUCUAGGCACAGCAGAAAUUAAGUGUCCUACUACAUCUGACAAGCUAUGGAAUGCUGGAAUCUUCUGGGAAACCAGCACGAACAAGAAGCUGCUACAAAAGGAUGAACUCCACCAAAUGGCCCAUUCUCAGCUACCUAGACAAAAUGGGAUAUAGUAAGGUGAAUUUAAAUCCCUGUUUUCAUCAGUUUAGGUCUGGAGUGAGUCAUGAGAUAUUUUACCUAAUAAUCUGUAAAUAUCUUUGCAUUCUUUUCCUCUAGUUUUGCCAUAAUUCUCUGAAACCCUGCAAAACACAGUUGCACUGGAAAGUUGUACAGGCUGUUCUUGAAAGAACAGGUAGUUGAAAUCUAUUUGUUGCCCUGAGAUUUGCUAGCAAAAAUGGAAAAUCCCUCCAGAUUCCAAGGGAUUAAAUGUUUUGAGCAAAAUGUCAAAGUGCAUGACAAAAAUGUAAAGUGUUUUGACUGUAGAGCAUAUGCAGAGCUUUUGCCUUGUUGCUCAAGUAGUGUGAGAUACCAGCUAGUAAUAAUCACAGUCUUAAUUUCUGAGAUUUGAUCUUACUGUCCUUUGAUUAUCUCAAGGAUUAAUAUACUGCUUAUCUUCAGUUUUCUCACCCUCUUUGUGUAUGAGAAAGGUCCAGGCUUAGGUCUUUAAACAACUCCAUGAAAACAGAUUUUUUUUUUUCCUCCCAAACUUUUUUAAAUGUCAUAAUUGUUAAUGAAAAUAGGGAGCAAAUUUGUAAGAGUAGGGCUAAAUAGUAGCAGAUUGCCAGGGGGUCAGGCAUAUUCCCCAUACUUGCAGACUUUCUGCCAAGUUUGGGAGUCUGUGCUUCAGUCCUGUAUUUUUCCAUCUUUUAUAAUCUGCAGACUUCUAAUGUUGUUUUCUCAGGAAAAUGUUGACCCCUGUCUGAAUCCUCCCAAGUCCACUGACAAUGGACUUGCUUUUUAACCUGUAUUUUCCUGCUUUGCUGAAGUGGUGUGCAAACUCCCCAGCACUCACCAGCCACCACUUGGAAUGUCCACUCCAGAGGCCAGUGGUUGGCUCCACACAGGAAUUACAGGGGGGAGAGAGGGUGGCCUGUGUCCUGCACCAAGUCAGACUGGGUUAUUUUAAUGUUCCCUUUGACUCUGCCAUUAUAAAAUGUCACUGUUGGCAGUGCACAUGCUUUUCUGGGAUUUUCUACACUUGACUUGCAAUGCUACAAUAGAAAGGGGAAGCAAACUAGAUCAAAUUCAGCACUUCAGUGUUUUUCUUUUUAAACUCUGACAGCACUUAGGAGCGUUGAACAUUAGUCCUUUUCCUCCUGCGUUACUCCAGUCCGGUAGGUUCAUGUGUAUUGGAGAACAAAAGAGAAAAGAAUCAAAGCUGUAAAAAAACCAAGAAAAUAUUCUCAAAAACUGUUGUCAAAUGUACCAUAUUUGUAUGAAAAGCUGCUUGAGUUAUUUUGUACAAUGAAUUUUAUUUAUGGUGAGGUAUAUUUACGCUUGUGAUCUGAUACAGUGUUAAAUUUUUGAUCCAUAUUUGCUAUGCAGCUGAAGAUGAUAUUUUGGUUUUGUAUUAUUAUUUUUUGCUGUUGUUCUAAAAUUUCAGCCGACAGAAGCUUCCAUCUCCAUUAGAAGUGCUUCUGCAAGAGUAAAGCAUCUGAUACCUGGUGAUAUGUCCCGUAACACAGCAACCAACAGUGUGUACAACAAAUGUGGGAUGACUUUUGUGAUGAAGAGAAAUAAAAAUUGGGCUCAUUCAUGAAAUGGGCAGAAUUUA